AUGGCUGCUGUGCCUCUUGAUGACGACGACGACCUUGAUGCACCCGAGCUUCAGCCCGCUGCAGCAGCAGCCUCCAGUGCAGGCCUUGAGCUGCCAGGUAAUCCGUUUUCGCCUGCCCGUUCGCCUCAGCAGCCGGAUCCUGGUGCACUGCUUUCUAACAUGGUGUUGAACAAGCAGAGCAAGGGUGAUCGCACGCAGUAUGCUAGCUUUAGCGAGGCAAACAAGGCGGACCUUGGAAGCUGGAAGGACUGGAGCCACUCCUUUAGCACCUGGCUCAUCUUUGCUGAUGGGGAUUACGAAAGGCUUUUGAGGGUUGUCGAGGAAAACAUUGAUCACGUUGUGGUUCUUGAGCGAGAGGGUGAUGACAUCCGUGACAAGAGCCAGAACGGCCUGGAAAUCUGGCGGCAACUGCUGCAGACUUACGAACAGGUUUUCGCUCUCGAGCGACGCGAGAGUGUUUGCUUUGACAUUGGUGAUCCGACGGUCAUUACCAUUGCCUACGAUGACCUGUCUCUCAGCCCUGAGUUGACGGUGGUGGUGAGUCUAGGCCAGAGGACCGUGAGUCGGUUGAAAGCGCUUGUGCGCCAUAUCCGUGAGGCUGAGCUGCGGCGUGAGCAUCAGGUUGAUCACACUUUGCGUUCUGAGACCAGCCGGACUGUGGUGUCUCUUGACUUCGGGUACUGCUGUCGAGAUGCAACCGGCGAGCCCAACGCCAAAGAUCGCUUGACUGUUCUUUUCAUGCAUGAUCGCCACACCAAAGCUGUGCAUGCAAUCCCCACGGCUCAGAAGGGUGGCAGCAGUUUGAAUCACCUCGUGACCGAAGCAGCCCGCUUCGUCAUCUGGCUUGGCCACCGCUCUUUACGCAUUUCUGCUGACAAUGAGCCCUCCAUUGUUUCUGUGCAGAAUUGUUUGCUGAAAGCUUUACGCAACCUGGGCAUCGAUGCCUCUAAGGACAACUCCCCUAUCGAAUCGCAUCAGUCGAACGGUGCUGUGGAGCAGGUCGUGGGCGGCGUCCGUGUGCAUGCAGCUUGCCUCAUGCAUGACCAUGAAAAGGCUUGCGGUGCCAGCGAGGAUCAGGUCCUCUUCUCUCCUCAGCAUCCUCUGUACGGCAUCUUUGUUACGCGCUCCGUGCGCCGGGUUGAGGACAACUUUGAUGCUGAUCUUGCAGCAAGCUUUGAUGUGUGCACAUGGGAGCAUGGCCUAUCUUCGAUCGGUGGCCAGCCGGUCCUUGGGUGCAAAAAACCGGCCCCUCCUGUUGCUAUGGCUAUGCCUGUGCCCUCUUACGUCGGCCCGAAGCCGAGUGCAGACGAUAGCGCUGUGCCGUUGGUUCCUGAAGCUCCCGGCUCUCCUUCACAGAUUGCAGGCACUGAAUCGCCCGCGUGCACUGCCACUUCUAUGGACUACAGUCCCUCCAUUGCCUCCGGUGCGGCUGAGGUUGCUAAUCCUCCUGGUGAUCAGGGAGAUGCUCUGUCGACUGACUCAGCUGCCAGCGCUUUAGCCGAGGCGGGGACCGAAAUGCCUGCAGCACCGGUGACCCAUGUUUGGUGGUGCAGUGGUGAUGAUCAAGUGAUGGCCGUUGAAGGGCAGAUUUCUUUGGUGACCGCCUCGGGCCACAGUUUCGACAGCUCUCCUCCUGAGGAGGUGCUGUUCACUUCUGGUGAUGAGUGCCCCUGCGUGGCACACAUCAGGCACCUGCGCUAUGAGCAUGAAGAUGAAAGUGAAUAUGAUCAAGGAUUGUUCGAGGGUCAGGUCGGUGACUCCGAGUUGCUUCCUGAGCUUUGCCGGCCUCGCACCGCCGACUUGGAGCCAGAACUCUCGCCUGAAGAGCUGGAAGCCCUUGAUGUUAUCGCUGAUGGAGUCGAGAUUGCUAGGCUUGAACGCAUGAGUGUUUUGCUGCCUGAGGCAGCAGCUCACAGCAAGGAGUAUGAAGGUCAAGAGCCCACCAAGCUCACAACGCGCAUGGUGCGCACAUGGUGCGAAAAGCAGAUCGGUGAUACUCCGCUCUGGUACCGGCGCAGCAGAUACGUUGCUCGCGAGUAUGCUUGGCUUAGCGAGCGUCAUGACCUCUUCUCUCCUGCCUCCACAGCUGUGUCGAACCGCCUCCUGCCGAUCCACUUCUUGUGUCACGAGCCUGAUCCCGACGAUCCCUGGGUCAUGGUCGCACUUGACAUUAGCGACGCUUAUCUCAGCGGUCAGCGUCAAGCAGACCCGCCGACCCGCUUGGUCAUUGUGCAACAUGCUGGUGUCAGCUACGUGCUGGGACGCGUCCUCCCAGGACAGCGUGACGGGUCUAAGGAGUGGUACUUGGCAUUUUCCACUUUUCUUGAUGAGGCCCUGGGCUUUAAGAAGUGCGAUGCCUUGCCUUCUUUGAUCCGUGAGCCCGCUUCCAAAUUCAGCACGCAGAUGCAUGUGGACGAUUUGCUUGGUGCAGGAAGCAAACGGUUUCUGAAUGAACGGCUCAGGCCCACUCUUGAAUCCAAGUAUCGUGUGAGUGUCCACAUUUUGGAGAAACCUGGAGACACAAUUUCCUUUUUGAAGAGGCAUCACACAUUGGUUUCUGAGGGCAGGAUGCUGUUGACCCCUUCUGCCAAGAAUUUUGAGAAGCUGUUUUCAGUGAUGAAGAUUGAUGAACGAAGCGCUCCGAAGAAGACGCCCUACGCGUCCCUGCUUGAUGAGGUCGACAACAGUGAGCCGCUGCCACCUGCAGACGCAAAGGCCUUCCGAUGUGCCAUUGGGAUACUUCUUUAUUUAGCCGUUGACCUGAUUGAGUGUCAACGGGCCAUUCGUGCAUUGAGCAGUUACAUGACUUCACCUACACGCGAUGCUCAAAUUGCCCUGCGCCAGCUUUUGAAGUAUCUUCUUGAAGGGCAGCACCACGGCCUUCUUCUUGAUCGAAAGCACUGUUGCGGUGGAGUGUCAAAGGAGAUCCCAUCAACAAGCCAGGGAAUGCUAUGCCUCGAAUCGUUUUCAGACGCAAACUGGGUGCACCACUUUCUUGACGCGAGCGCGGCGAAGGCAAUCACGGAGCGCAGCGGCGUUGGCCGCGUGCGACACCUGAGUGUACGUGUGUUGUGGUCCCAACAGCUGGUGGCCGAGCAGGUGAUUGCCCUGCACAAAGCCAUGCGGGACGCCAUACGCACGGUGCGUGCCUCUUCAACCUGCACCGUUAGCAAGCCGAUGGUGCAAGCCAUCGUGGACGAUGACUUGCCUGACUGGGCCAACCGGGUUCUAGUUUGGUUCCUAGGCUUGUGGGUCCGUGAUGAUACAGGUGUGUCCGUCGUCGACAUGCUUAUGCAGCCUUCUGUGAUCCUUCUCACGUGCAUCUUGAUGCUUAUGCUUGGAGUGUGCAUCCGCACCCUGUGUUGCCGAAGCUCUUCUCAGAGCCAGCUUCAGUUGCAGAUUUCGAGCCCCCACCAGCAAAGUGCUGUUUCGGUUCAGUUUGAUCGUCGGCUCAAUGUGCAUGUUGGUGUUGCUGCACCUGGGACUCCUGCGAAUCCCAUGGCUUUGGAUACUGAUGAUGAGGCGGUGAGCCCGCCACAUGUGGCGAGUGCGAUGCGUAAAGGUGCAAGGUCCAAGGCAUCAUCCAGGCGUGUUCCCCGUUGCAGAGACUCCUGUGCCUGCUGGAAAUCGUUCUCCCGCCACGCCGGCGAAGGAAUUGACCAGCAGAUCGAGUUUGGAUCUCCCAUGCUGGACGAGCUCGGCGUAGACCGGCGGCGAUUCGAGAAAUGGCCGACGGAAACACCAAGCAAGGACCGGAAGAUCGAGGUGAUCACCAACUAUCCGGCCCUGUUACCUCGCCUCGAUCUCCUGGGCAACCGUGGUGGCCCGACUCCGGCCGAAGGCGAGGGCCUUGCCUAUGGUGACGACCGCCGACAACAUAUGGUUCUGGAGGACGUGGCGCACGACGAGGCCUACUUUCUACCCGAAGAGCUGGAGGAGAUCCACCGGAACUAUGAGUCCGGCCACUUCGGUGGCCACAUGAUAGCGCCUACGGAGGAGAACUUCAAGCCAGAAGACCAAGGACGGUGGAGCCAGAUUGAAGACGAGAUUCGAUGGCGAGACCUACGUGACCGAGAGCGAGCCCUACCGGGGAAACCGCAAGUGGGGACCAUCUUCCGCCGAAAGGCGGAUACGAAGAACGGCCGCAACAUGCGACACUUUCCCGGAAUGCAGAAGGUCACCCUGGAGAAGAUGGUCCGGCGGGCUCACGAGGGACUUGGCCACCCGGAGCGAGAACGGUUUCUUCGGAUUCUUCAUCACAGCCGGGCCUCCGAAGAAGUGCUCCAGGUCACCAAGGACCUCCGGUGCCCGCUCGACGAGGAGCUCCGCCACGCGAGCAGGGGCGAGUACGGCAAAAGACGGGACAUUAUCGAUCAGGCCCUGUACCCGAAGGAGAAGCGCUACCCAUGCCGAAAGACCGGCUUCACCGGUCGAGCCACUGGCGGCAUUGGCGACAUGGAGGUUGAUCCGGAUGUGACUCCAGAAGUACCGGAAGCCGGCGGCGGCGAAGGAGAACGUCCCUCGCUGAUGGAAGGGGAAUUGAAACGUGAACUGGAUGAAGGCGACCAGCCACCCGGCAAACGUAGCCGAAUGCAUCUCCUGGAGAUCUACAACGCUCAGCUGCAGGCCUUGGCCAAGCAACGGCAAAAGAAGGAGUCCCACGCCAAGGACUUCCGUGGCAAGGACGCAGCUCGCCUACAAAGAGCUAUUGCGAAGGAGGUCUCCAAUAACCUCGCGACCGGUGCCUACAAGCUGCUUUCGAUCAAGGAGUCCGACGAGCUCCGCCGCUGCAAGGCCGACAAGAUCAUGGAGUCCCGCUACGUGAUCACCAAGAGGCCCCUGGAGCCCUCCGAUGUGGCGAAGGCUCGCAGCGAGGACCUGUUGCUUGAUGAUCAGGAGAGCGGCUUCUGUAAGGCCAAGUGCAGGCAUGUCAUGAAAGGAUCCUCCGAGGCUGCAGCGGUCGAGGUCGAAUGCAGGACACCGCAAGUUGGGAUAGAUUCAGUCAUUUUCAUAGCUCAGGUUUUAGCUUCGAUGCAGUGGGUUCCCGGGUUCCUGGAUUUUACUCGAGCGUUUCAUUCCGGAGACAAGAUUGAUCGACAGCUAUACUGCUCCCAACCGCUCGAGGGAGUACCAGGAGCACACCCGCGGCAACUCAUCAAUCUGCUGAAGACCUGCUAUGGAUUGACGGAUGGCCCGCUGGCAUGGUACAAGCAUUUGGCCCGACGUCUACAGACGGACUUCGGAUACACUCCGAGCAAGGCCGAUCCCUGUGUGUUUCUCCUGCACGGCAAGCAAGGAACGGAAGAGAACAUACUGCAAGGCAUUGUGGGAGUGGCCACAGAUGAUGUCUUGCAUGGUGGCAGUCCGGCGCACUGGGCCAAUAUCGAGCAGAUUGCUCGAGAAUACCUGCUGGGAAAGAACCAGACUGGAACAGGGAGAUUCUGCGGCAAGGACAUCUCCUUGCAAGCUGACGGCUCGAUCAAGAUCGAUCAGGAGUUCUAUGUGUGCGACAAGGUGACCAAGAUCCCCGUGUCACGGAGCCGCCGGCAACAGCGCUACUCCAAGUGUACUGUGGCUGAGGUGGAGCAAUUGAGGAGCCAGAUGGGAGUCCUCUCCUGGCUCUCCAAGGAGACGAGGUGCGACCUGGCAGGUCGAGUAUCGUUGCUGCAGCAGUCCUUCCCGGAGCCGAGGGUCCUGGAUCUACUAGAGGGGAACAAGAUCGCCGAAGAGGCAUUGAAACAUGCUUCAUUGGGCAUAAAAGUUAUGCCCAUUCCCUGGAAGUCAUUGCGGAUAUCCGCAGCGACAGACGCGGCCUGGGGAAACGCCAAGGACAUGCCUUGGCUGGAGAACCAUCCUGACGACUACUGGGAGGAGACGAGCUCGGAGACUACGGUCUGGCGCGCCGAUGAAUGCAUCCAGCAUGAAGUUGUUGAAGACACGUGGUGUGACAGCAAGGGAAUUCGUGUACUUCACGAAGUGCCUUGGACCGGAUGUACAGGGAUUAAGAAGGCCACGGCACAAGAUGGAGUUCCGGCUAGCAAGAUCCACAGCAGUUUGAAUCAGCUGCAACAGCUGAGUAGCCAGGGAGGUCAGAUCAUCAUAUAUCACGAUGUUGCCCUGGCCAGCUCUGGGAAACCAGUGCUCACCACCGUCGCGGCUUGGAAAAGCUUCCGCUUGAAGCGGAAGGUUGUGGAUACCUUAGCGACCGAGGGCCAGUCAUUGCAGGCUGGCAUCGGUGCCAUCCAUUGGCACCGCUUAUUGUUUCUCGAAGCUUUCUAUGGCAUGUUGACGCCCCAUGAGUGGCGCGAGCAUUCAUGUAAGAUUCCUUUCUUCGCUGCUGUUGAUUUCCAAGAGUUUGUAUGA